CGGCUGGUUGUGACAUCAGCGCCAUUUUGGUUGUGUGUUGUGAUGGAAGCAGCGAGAAAAUCAGAAUCCGAAAGAAAAACAACGAAAAUCAGACGCGAAUCAGACCAAUUCGGAUGUGAGGAAGCGGAUACGGUGAGCCAGAUUAAAUCGCAUCGAGAAUCGAACCGAAUCUGGACGGGAGUCGUUCGGACUCGGAGCGAUCUGCGAUAAAAGGUCUGCUGCCGCAUCAUGUGACGCGUCCCGUCCCUCAUGACCAUGACAGAUUUCCACGCGUCCCUGGCUCCGUCUGGACUCUGAUCAGCAGGAUCCAUGAUGAUUUAUGGGUUGAUUCCUCAGGAGUUACACGCGCAGCUCCUGGACCACCAGAACUAUCAGAACCGGACCAGCGGGGUGGAGGAGCUGAAGAACAUUCUCCUGGAGCUGGAUCUCCAGCAGGUCUCCUCCGGCAGCAUCGUGGAGUUUAUCCAGUUCUUACGCAAGCUCCUGGACGACAGCAACUUCAAGGUGUUGUACGGCACGCUGCAGCUCAUCAACCUGCUCAUCGAGAAGCUGGAUUACGAUGUGGAGCGUUAUUAUAAGGAGAUCGUGGGCGUGACGGUCCGAGCGCUGGGCGACUCGCGUAAUGUCACGCGGCACGAGUACAUGAACGUCUUCAGGCAGCUGAUGAGGAUGGUGGGGCCGCAGAAGGUUUUGGAUCUCGUGGUGGCUCAGCUCAAGCACAGGAACUCCAGGGUUCGAGAGGACGCCAUCAACAUCAUCACGGCAGCCAUGCUCACGCACCCGCGCAAGGACUUCGACAUCCCCGGCCUGUGUUUGGAAGUGGCGCCGGCGCUCGCCGACAGCAAGAAGAAGGUGCGUCACGCGGCUCUGGAGCUCUUCGCCGUCUUCGACUACUGUCUGGACACGGGUAAAAAGCAGCCGCUCAUGAAGGCCGUGGAUCGAGUGGAGCUCGCGGGAGACGCCGAGGGCCUCAUGGCCGCCGUACAGGCGCGGCGAGCGCGGCACAUCCUCCCUCGACUGUCUCCUGACGGGAUGAUAGAGUAUGCGCUCGUUCUUCCCAGACCGGGACAGAGACGGCCGCCUCAGCUGGGCUCCGGGGCCGAUCUGGACUGGGUUCUGAACGGAGGCCGGGUUCACAGCUCUCGCUCAGACGCGGCGGAUCUGACAGACAACACGCCUCAGAGGAGGAUCGUCAGCGCCGGGAAAGGGAAGAACAAACUGCCCUGGGAGAGAUCGGCUCUCUCUGUGGAGCAUCAGACCAAUGGAAAGUCACUUGAUCAGCAGGUUAGUGGUGAAGAUCCGUCCUCCUCCAUGAGACUCCGUCAGGACGCUGGUGCCAAAUACAGUCCAUCAGAACCUCUCCAGUCUCCAGGCCGGACCCGCAUAUCUCUGGGUCGACUGCGCCGCAGCGGGAGUUUGGACUCGGAUCCAGACAUUUUCAAAGCGGCCAAUCCCUCUGAGUCUGAGAAAGGUUUGCCCAAGACAAGUCGUUUCCUGUCAGGCAGCGUUGAGCGAACCUUCUCCCUCCCGACUAAUUCCACACCUCCGGGCUCGUUUCUGCUGCCCUCAUACCCACUGACCACGCUAACAGGAAGUCUGCUGACCCCGACCUUACCGCGCAGAAACCACGCUGACCCGUCGCUGUCCAUGUCCAACACGUGGCCCAACAAACGUGACGCCAGCCCUCAUCGCAGGAGCGACAUCACUGGUGAGCUGAGCUCUAGUAAGCGCUCUCCGCUGCCUCCUCGAGCUGUACGGACCUCAUCCGUCCGUCAGAGCCAAAACACCAGCAGACCCUCGUCACAGGACAAAGACCCAGACAGAAACCUUCACCUGGAUCCGUCGGUCAGCAGCGGUGCGGGAGAGCCGGAAGACGAGCCGCUGGACCGUGAGGAGAUGCUGAACUCCUUGCGCUCGUUGAGGAACAGCGCCGCUAAGAAACGGGCCAAAGUCAACGCGAGCGGCUCUGAGCCGGAUCCAGACAGUCCAGACUCUGCUGUGAAGCUGGAGCUGGUUCCUGAUUCCCCGGACCAGACGUCUCCAUCCGUCACCAGCCCUCUGAGCGAGAGCGGCCUGAGCAGCCUGUACUCGCCUCCGUCGCCCAACGGCACCAAGAGCAGCCCUGUGAACUCUGCUGCGAAACCACGAGUGCCAUCAGGAAGACAUGUCACAGCAGACGUCAGCACUCAUGGUGUGAUGCAGCAGGAGAAGAGUCUGUCAGAUGGGAAUGUGAGUGUGAUCGGUCAGAGACUCGUUUACUCAAACAGAUCGAUAGAUCCAGAUGAGGAGAAACCCAGUGACAUGUCAUCAUCAUCAUCACCGCAGAUCAGAACCGCCGGCCGCGAGCCGCUCCGCGCCCUCAGACCCGCUAGAGGAUCUCAGCAGCAUGUGUCUAAGUCGUGCAAUCGUGACAUGUCAGAAGGAGUGAUCGGACGAGGAGUGUUCGGUUCAGUUGUUCUUCCCAGUCGUCCCAGUGUGGCGUCGUCUCCUGAGCAGGGGGAAUCAACCGGUAGAAGCGCCCGUGAGCCUCCAUCAGGCAUAUAUGGACACGCGUUCACCAGCGCACACGUCGAGUCUGACGGCAGUCCUGAACCGGAGGAGCUGUCGGUCGCUCAGGAGAGAGUGAGACUCUCUAAGUUCGCGAGCGACAAGAUGCGUCAGCGGCGUCUAGAGCAGCAGGACACGCCCCCAACUCAGGACCCGAUGAGACGGCGCGUGCUCAUCGACGAUGUGAAAGAUGUGAACUUGAACGGAUGUGAGACGCUCUCAGAUGAAUCUCCCUCCAGCCCGAAUGGAUCGCAGAAUCCAGUGAAAUGUCUGAGCCCCGCCCAUCAGCCCGCCCCACCGACCGGUCCGCCCAAUAGGAACACGGCGCCACGACUGAGACGAGCGUCUAGUCUGAACCGGACCAAACCGCCUGUGUCACACAGCUCCGAUGAGUUGAUUCCUGGGAGCCCGAAGAAAGAGGGUCAGGAUCAGGCAGACCUGCGUCCGUUCUCUAAACCGGAGCUGGCGCUGACGCAGAGCUUCAGACUGAUCACAUCAGACGACUGGGAGAAGAAGAUCGAGGGAAUGAACUUCCUGCGUAGUUUGGCUCAGUAUCAUCCUGACGUCCUCAUGACCAGGAUCCAUGACGUGUGUCUCGCUCUCAUUCAGGAGGUUCGUAACCUGCGCUCGGGCGUGUCCCGCGUGGCCGUGGUGACGCUGGGCGAGAUGUUUGCGGCGCUGCAGAAGGGAAUGGAUCAGGAGCUGGACGGGACGGUCAGAGCUCUGCUGCAUAAAGCCGGAGAAUCCAACGCCUUCAUCAGACAGGACGUGGAGCGAGCGCUGGACAGCAUGGUGCAACACUGCACGCUCACACGCAGCAUGAACGCGCUGCUCGCCGGAGGACUCGGUCACCUGAACUCAGUAGUGCGUAAGUGUGCGGCUCAGCAUCUCUGCGCUCUGGUGGAGCGGGUCGGAGCCGCCCGUCUGCUGUCGGGGACUAAAGAUGUGACCGACCGCAUCCUGCCAGCCGUCUGUAAACUGGCGCAGGACUCGUCUCAGGAGGCCAGGUACUUUGGUCGACGGAUGCUGCUGUUUUUGUCCUCUCACCGAGACUUUGAUAAAAUGAUGGAGAAGUUUGUCCCUGCUAAAGACCUGCCGACCAUCAGAGACGCCGUGUUCACUCUCAAAACCAAGGGUUUGGGUGAGAUGCCUCAGGACGCUCCAUCGGCGCGGGGCAGACGCUCUCUCCCGGGCAGCGGGCUGACACGCACCUCGUCCCUCACGCGUGACCCUCUGAGCGGCAGCAGCAGGGAUUGCGGGCAGACGGUGAGUAAAGCAGCCAGUCUGGCCGACAGGAGCGAGUACGUCAAACAGAUGAAGACGCUGCUCAACUCCAGGGACUUCAGGGAGAGAAUCAAGGCCGUCGAUCAGCUGGUGAACGACUGCGAGGAGAACCCGGGCCUGGUCGUCGGCAGCCUGUUCCCGGUGUUUGACGCUCUGAAGGCGCGUCUGCAGGAGUCCAACAGUAAGGUGAAUCUGCGGGCUCUGGAGGCUCUUCAGACCAUCAUCGCUGUGCUCAGAGACAGUCUGGCUCCAGUGCUGAACAUCCUGAUCCCCGCCGUCGUGGACAAUCACCUCAACUCCAAAAACAGCAGCAUCUCCACGGCGGCACUGGGGGCCGUUCAGGCGCUGAUGCACAACAUCGACAACAGCCUCCUGCUGCAGCCCUUCUGCUCCAAAGCCCAGUAUCUGAGUGGGAAAGCCAAGCUGGACCUCAUCGAGAAAGUGGCAGAGCUGGUGACGGAGCUUCAUCCGCGCAAACCGCAGCUGGUGGAGCAGAAGGUUCUUCCGCUCUUCUGGACUCUGCUCAGCUCCUCCUGUAACGGCGGAAACGUCCGGACGGCCACAGCCAAGCUGGCCGAAGCCCUGCACUCGCACAUGGGCCAGACGCUGGUGGAGAACGCCGCCGCGACGCAGCCCGCGAACGUGCAGAGCGACCUGAACGAGCUCCUGAGAGCCGCUCAAUCCACCUGAACACAGACCGACGCAUCCCACAGUGCCUGACUCUGUCGCAUGUGAAUAAACACUCGGGUUUCUCAGUCUGACGAUCUGCCGUUUUGCACUUUCAUGGUACCGUGAGCGAUCGUGAGUCUUUACAGAAUGUAACCUUUCAAUGCACAAUCACUCAGAUGUUGUUUUGUACCGUGUGCUCUGAACGUUUCUACCAGACGUGUGUGUUUGUGCGGGACUUUUGUACUGUAUAAUAGCGCAGUAUUAGCUGUACGGAUGCCGUGUGUCGCUGCAGUACGGUUUAUAUAUAUAUUUUGCGAAGAUUAUGGCCUGUUUUAAGUGCAACCCGUCCUAGUUUUUUUGUUUUGCAUGACCAAAUUAAUUGUUGGGUUUUAAAAACAAAAGAGAAAAUCAGCGUUUUGACCAGGAACGACGCCUGUGUUGCUCUGGAUGUGAAAGCGUCGUAUUUCAGUGAACGUGCAGCUUCGAAUCAGAAUAAUACAGGUGAGUUCACGUCCAGGUGUAGUUCUCAGUUUAGUGCCAGUCAUUCCUGAACAGCCUUUAUGAGAUUUCACAUUAAAUUAUAUCAGAGAGAGAGAGAGAUUUAUCUAUAUAAUAAAGUGUCUUAUUUCUGUAAACACGUGUGCUGUGAUCAUUUACACCCCGAUACAUGAUCUUCAUUACAUCUCCAUAGUUUAUGUUUAUGUGAAAGGAGAGUUGUUUCUGAUUUGCAAUAAUUUAAUGGUUCUGCUUUUGCUGGUGUUUUCACAUUAUUCUUC